CUCCAGUUCUUUCAGCUUUCUAUACUCCUCAAUCACUCUUCUUCUGCUGUAUAAUGUCUGAGGAAGAAAUUGUGAGUAAUGCUACACCAGAAGUUCUCUAUCUGCUGCUGUGUAGAGAGCACAGGGUCUCCAGAAGCGUUAGAGUCAACUGGUUCUUUAAUAACUUAUUCAAGAGCAGCUCACAAUGGCUGAGCACUGGACACAGUGAAGGAGAGCAAGAUGAAGGUGCUACAGUUAAAGGAGAUGAACCAUUAACUGUACUAUGGAGUAAUACUGAUAGACUCACUCCAUCAACUAGUGUACAUUACGUUGCACAGAAUGCCAGUUUAAUAUUUGUCAUAGAUAUGACAUCAUCGAUGAUGCAAGUGAGCAACGAGACUUUCUCCGUUAAACUUGAUGAGGCUGUUCGUGGACUUGAAAAAUGUCUCAGCGAUCUCAUACAGCCCAUGAGAGUCAAUAAGACCAGUAUUGUCCCUCACCUGUGUGUUACUAUACUAGUUUAUAAUGGAAGCAAGAAGCCAGUUGAAGUGAUACUGCACGGUAUUCAUCUUCAGUCAGAUAACAUUAAUCACACUCUUACACUUGCUAAUAAAAAGUUGAAUCAACUCAAGACCAAAUCGAUCCAAAAAGAUUCUGUUGUCUCUGAGCUUGCAGCAGAUCACAGUUUAGAAGGAAUCAUUAAAGUAUCACUGCAGUUGCUAUCACGCACCAACGUCAAAGGUAUUAUAGUACUGACUGAUGGUGUGGGUGGGUUUGCCACGCCUACUUCAAUGCAUACCAUAGUUUCUCAAUUAAGAACCACUAAUGUUAGCUGUUGGGUCGUUUUAUGCGGGGGCGGUACCAGCCCAAGAAUAUCGCUAGGGGCCGUAGUUGAUACUCAGUCUCUGGAACAUUUAACAAAAUCAUGUAAUGGGUGUAUCUUAAAUCCAGCAAAAAUACUAAAUUCAGUUUCUUCUCCUGAUGAAGGGCCUGUAGAAAUUAACUUGAUACAAAAAUGUAUUUUGAUGUGGUCGCUUCAGUGCUCGGCAUGGGAGGGGCGUGUUGGGGGCGUGGCACUUCAGAGCUCCGCCUAUGAAGACCCUUUCGUACCUCAGACGGAAUACAAGUAUCAGAGAUCUCUAUUUAAAGCCCCUGGAAUGAGAGUCAUUGGUUGUCGGAUCAGGGAAGGUUUUCUAAUUAAGAGUAUCUUGCUUAACGAAAGGGAAAUUGAGAUUGUGAUGGAGCUGCUAUGGCAACCAAACGUUACAAUACAAUACACAGUCCAAACUUCGUUCCCAUUAUCUGAUGUAGAUUUCUAUCAUUCUGUCAUUACAAUUUCUUUUUCUGCUCCAUAUCAUUUCGUGAGAGACUUUCUCAGCGAAUCGGAUCCAAGAACAGCUCUACCUCAUGCUACUGCCCUAAGAAGGUUCAAGCAAUCACUUAAAAGUCUAACUCAUUCUGAUGAAGUUCUAUUUCAUCUCCUCUCCUUCUCUUCAGUGGCUGAUUAUUACAAGUUUCCCCAGAGUAUUCUCGAUGGUAUGCCUCUUUUAACAAUACCACCAAACCAGUCUAAACCGGUUUUAGCCAUCAACACUGAUGGAGAAGACAAAUCUCUCCUAACUCUAGCUAACUACUGGAAGUCAUUAUCAACCCUUGACUUCAAUCAUUGGACCCAUUGGUUCCAUUCUUAUAAGAUACCACUGGUCCUCCAUCAAGACUCCUCCCUCCCCCUUCACAUUGUCUGCCCCUCCCCUACUGGUCGAUACUCCUCUGUACAGUGUAGGGUCUCAGCCUCGAAACUUUACUCAUCACUUCGUAUCUGGAGUACUCUAGUAUUACAAGAGAGUCAUUCAUAUGUUCGUAUACUGCCUGAUCCUAAAACCCCAGCCUAUUUCUGUAUUGCACGGCUGGUCCAGAUGCAGCCUUGCAUGUUGAUACAUUUGGGUUUUAUAGAGGGGACCCCGUGGGACCUUCAACAAGAGGUGAAGGCCUCGUUAAAAGGUUUGAUAGCUGGUUUAAAGCUCUCACUAGCCACUACUGAUCAAUCAUCAAUAAAGGGUUCGCGUCAUAAUAAGAAGAGAGGGAGUAGUGUAGCCAUACCCCAGCAGCCUUGUGCCACACUCAUUAAUAAACAGUUGCAGCGUUCCCUCGUCAGCUAUCAGCUAGGGGAACGAGGGGAGGUUCCCCUUCAGUGGGGCUACAUGAACCAUCAUCGCUGGCAGUGGAAGGUCUCGCAGCCACACCCACAGUUGCUCAUGGCGUUGCUACGGCGACGGAUACAGGAAGGGUUUAUCAUUGCCAGUGCUCAUAAUGGGAUAGUUACGUUAGUAGUGGAGAUAAAAGUGAAACAACCCUACUCAACUACAGUCCAGUCUUCCUUACUACAGUACGUCAUUAGUCCACUUUCUUCCUCCAAGAAUACACUCAGUUCUUCUGGAUCAUUCUCUACUGAACUGUGGAUAGAGCCACAGUACCUGACCAUUGAUCAAACACCAGAAGGACUUAAAUAUUUGCAAGAGAAAAAUGUACUCGAUGCCCACUAUGAGAUUCACAGUGUUGAUGUGCAAGUCUUAACUGCUUUGUGCAGUUUUUUGGAAUAUUCUCCAGCUCCUUCUCCUUCCAUUCCGUCCCCUCUUGAGUGUGAGGCCUCCUCUUAUGACCAGUUUGACUCAGGCCAGCUGGUAGAGAUUCAAUUUAACCUCUCUUCACUGUAUCCUAAGAGUCACGUGACUGCAUUCACUUUUUCAGCUUUCACUGAAAGAAAUCUCACUACUUCUCCUAUUACACUGGAUAAUUGUUCCCCUCAAAACCGAAACCUCCACAGCAGUUUCAUUGACCAGCUACUCCUGCUCUCCUGUACCAGUAUACCUGUGCAUGACUCCGCCCUCAUCCUUAACAGGUUAAAGUCGUCAGACCAGUUGAGCCAGUUUGUCAAGUUGUUUGACCCCGCCCACGAAGGAUCACGCCUACUCUGGCGAUGCUUUGCCUCCAGUAAAGGAGAAACUCUCUCGAUUAUUUUUACACCUUGUUUUCUCUGUCCCACAUCCGAUCUUACCUCCCUCUGUCUCCCUGUUGUUGUCAUGGUUACUAACCUCUCCGCUUUACUUGGUCCUGAUAAACUAGGGGGUGUGGUCGAGCCCCUCCCACCAGACGCAUACAUUGAAGAAUUAUUCAAGAGCGAGGGGGCCCAUGAAGCCACACCCCCGAUAAUUAAAGACUUGAGGAAAUCCUUAAAAUACAUUCAUAAACUAUCGUAUCUCCAUUCUCUUCAGUUCAGUCUCCAGCAGUCCGUUAGUGUGGAUGAGGAUGACCUAAAGCAGGGACUUAGUGUCUGCCAUGUUACCAGUGUACCGGUUGACAUCACUCCGCUACUGGUCGGGGUUUGUCACCAUGUUUGCUUCAGUAGGGGAGAAGGAGGAGAGAAAGGAGAGAUGGUUUCUUCUGAUAGUUUAUCUGUUCUGUUGGAGCUUCUUGGGGACCAGAGGCGUAGUUCUUAUCGAAUGGUUUCUUUAAUUGAAUCCGGAGAGGAGGAGGGGGAGAAGGAGGAGGGGAAAGGGGAGGAGUUGUGUGUCACGAGGGAAGAAGAGGUCUCAGUGUUAUUGAGUCUCUUCUUGUCUGGGCUUGGUUUUAAGUUGAUCAAGAAUGGGAGGUAUUUCUGGUUAGAGAAACAGACUAAUGCUAGCUACACAUUUCAAAAAGAGAUGACUCCCACCAUUGGUAUAUAUGAAGAGAAUGAAGACACAAGAGAUAAGUCGGUUACUCCUCCUCCUUUCUCUCCUGAUACAACCCUCAAACCGAAACCGAUACCGGUACCACAUCCUCCAGUUCCUGCUAGUGACAGUGAGGACGAGACAUGGGAACUGGAGCCUAUCCUGUCUCCAACCUCGGAUGCUGUCAGCCCUCCAGUUCAAACUCAAACCUCACCAUUAUUCCUUGAGCUUAGUUACUCGUUGAAACACUGUCCUAGCUUGAAAAAGAGGGAGGACGAGAGAGGAGAUGAGAGAGGGAGAGAUGCUGGAGAAGAGAGCAAGAAAUAUGAAAGAAGGGGAAAGAAGGAGAGAAGUAUUGAAAUGGAUGAGGAUACAUUGACUGAGCCUUUGAAGGAAGGAAAACUGCCAUUGUGCUUAAAAUCGCUUCUCUCGAGUUUUCAGUUAGAGGGUGACUCUCACUGUUCGUUACAACUUAAUCUCACGUUUUAUUCUCUUCUUGACUCUGAGGGUGAGAGUCUUGAUGAGGAGGAGAAGGAGGAGGAGGAAGAGGAGCAAAAGAGAACAGAGUUUGAUCCAAUACUGAUGAUGCAGCAGCACUUCCAAAGGAUAGCCAGAUCACUUAAACACAAAGUUGAAUGGUUAAUUCAGGACGAGGUUCUCUCCAGAUCAAGGGAGCUAGUUAGUGAAGGAGAAGGAGUGAGUCCAUCAUUACUCCAGUCAGUGGCAUCUCAUGUUCAGAGCAGUUCAGGGAAGUACGUCAACUGCUUGUUCAAUCACGAGGUCAUUAAGUUUGUGUUUGGAGCACAGAACUCAAUGCAUCAGUUCUUGCAGCAACUUGAAGACAUUAAGUUAACUGCAUACACAAUCCACAAAGCGAGUGACGACUACUUCUACCUCACUCCUUGCACCCAUUCCUCCUCUGCCUACCCUCUCUUCAACUCUUCCUCUCAGCGUCAAUCAUCUUCACUCUCUCCCUUACACGUCCCAAACAAAGACAAGAGAUCUCUCCAUGGUCGCUGUAGCACCCCCUCCCCCUCUCCUGCUCCCCCUCGUUUAACCAUUAGACACAAACGAAGCGUCUCGUGGACGGCGACUUCUUCUUUACCGACCCACGUGUCCCUCUCCACCCUCUCUCCUCUCCCCACCCCUCAGUCUCGUAGUAGUAUUAGUUCUAUCAAUGGAGCUGGUACUGUUGAUUAUUAUGCCAGUAGGUCUAACAGCACUGCUAGUUUCAUUAGCCCGUUGUCUCCUUUUAAUAAUGUCCUUAAUGAGGAGUUGUUCUGGAUUGUAAUGAGAGUGCUGCCUUCUAAAGUUGAGGUCUAUGUACACAACAGGUGUUCGUCUAAGGAUUUUAUUGCUGAUGAUAACUCGGGCAUAAAGAAGUUGUGUAGCUCAAUUCUAUCUGCAAUCAGUAGAGUGUGUAAAAGGACAAAUCAGUGGCACUUGUUGAAAGAGUUAUUGGAUACUCAUGUAUGUAGCCCACUACUUCUUCCCGAGUCCCAAUCGGAUGAGUGGGUACGACACACUGUGAGUCAUCAUGGAGACAUUAUAUAUGGAGGAGAGAGAUUCUACCAGCAGCAGUUUGAGUGUGAGAGACAAUGGAGACACCAUAUCACCCCACACUGGAGACUAAGGACAAUGAAGAAUCAGACUCCAUUACGUAUCACCAGAAAUGCACUGAAUGCGUUUGCAGUUACCAACAGAACAGACAUAUAUGUCCUUCAAGAUGUGACUGAAGGAGGAGAAGAAACAAUAUUCUAUUUAAAGAUCAGUGAGUCACUCUGUGAAGUUGAAGGAGAUUUCGUCGAUCAAGAUGAAGGAGGAGGUGAAGAUGCAGCAAGAUGUGACACUAGAGCUACUAAUGAAGUUGAAACUAUGAGUAUAUCAUCAGUUGGAGAAUUGCAGACUUCAAAGCAUCUCAGCUCCUCCAGCUUCAGUAUCAAUAAAGACACUAAAUCCUGUGAGAGCAUUGUCCUUGAACUAUUUGGAAUCACUGAACCAACUGUUACCCUAAAGAGCAGGUUACAGCGUGUCAUACAACUAAAGUUAGAUGAUGCUGCUCUGGAGCUGAUGUGCUCCUCCUACACUCGAAACCUCCGCCUCUACCUCUCUCCAGCUGACAUCGAGUUCCUGCAGCCAUUACCCAAUCAACCGUCGGAAGUCGUGUCCCUCCUCCUUCCUCAGUGGAUCCCAAACCCUAAUGCUUUCUUCUUUUACCUUCUACAGCAGCUGUCACUAAUGUUCCUUCAGCCUCAAUAUACGUCAGUGCUUGAUACUAAAGAUAGGGUCUUGUUAAAAACCCCGCCAGAGCUUUCAACGGUAUUGAAAGACUCGUCACUACCUCUUGAGCUAGAGCAGGAUUAUCUGUUUUUGCAUAUCAGACCAGUUAACAAAGGAAGAGGUAUGGGUCUUAUAUCAGCUAGUUUGGUAUCUCCUGAGGGACUCAUUCUCCCGCCACUCCCCGGGAUCAAGCCAAGCCCCGCCCCACUCCAGACUCCGCCCACACUAGAACAGGCAACACAAGUAGAAACGAUAGAGUCCUUUCCAGUGAGAGACGACACUAGGUACUCCGUCGGUUUCCAUAUAUGGGAAAGAGGAAACGUUGCUCUACCUAAACUGAAGCAGACGCUGGUACUCUGCGUUAAACGGAGUCUCUUAGAUACUUUAUUUGAGUCUCAUUACCUCCAGAUACCAGUCGCAUCAAUCAGCGAGGAAGAGAUAGAAAAAAGACUCUCUCCUGGUCUACUCCGAUCCGUCGUCUGUAAGACCCCAUCCAUAGAUCAGGGAUCCUUUGUUAAUGUCACUCUUGACAGUUCAAUGGAAGGUAGUUCUACAGUUGCCCCACCCUCUGUUAACACUAGCGGAGAUACCAUGAGAACCUCGAGCUUCUCUGAGAUUAACGAGGAGGAUGCUAUGGAGGACGUGGGUAAGGGAGGAGGAGGAGAUUGGGAGCAAAAGGAGAAGUUGAGACGAAUACAGAGCACUAAAGAGAACUUACUCAAUCAAGCACGGACUGGAUUGCUAGGCAGUUUGAGUGAGGGUUACACUCGUUUUCUGCCCCUUUUUCUUCAUAAAAUGGAAGAGUUUGCCUCUCCUGUCUUAUACCAUCAAGAAUGGGCGUUACCUUCCAACUACUCCAUCACUCCUCUUCUCUCUCACACAGUCUCUUAUACCUCUUCGUCUCUCUCAGAAAUGAGUUUCAGUUUAUUCAAAUACGAUAAAUUAGAUCAGACCUACUCCAAGAUACCCCUGCCUAGUGAUAAGACUCCACCCAAAGCCACACCUAUUCCAACUGAUUACAUUUUGAUUGGUCGCGACCUCCAGCAGUGGAAGGAGAGCUCUGAUCCUAGCGAUCCAACGAAGCACUUUGAGGAGGUGUGGUCUGAUGCAUUAAGGUGCUUACCGCUAGCGUCCUGGAAGGAAGUAGGCAUGGCUUCUUUACCUCUUCAAGCUGCCGCUAAAAAACAUAAUUGUUUUGUACCUCGUCAUCAGUUUUUAAUGGGAACUAUUGGGCGUGGCAAGUUUGAAGUCUGGCUGUACAAUGUAUCAGAGACUCGACUCAGGAAGCUCAAAGUCCAACUAACCUCACUACUGAACUGGCAGACGACAAGGACUGGUUUCCUCCAUCAGCUCCUCUCACAGAAAAUGGGACUCUUCCAUCAUACGACUGGCAAAGACAUAUCCCCAGCUGUCCAGCUGGCGAAUAAAUACUGUACUACUCCUCAGAAUAUUGGGAUCAUUGUGAAGCAAAGCAGACCACCUCCUGAAGAAAUGUCGCCAGCUACUAUUACUCGUCAGUUCUCGCGUUCAGCUCCGCCCACUCCUCAAAUUGAACUGGAUUCAUUCUAUCAGGACAAACAACCUCUCUCUCCUCUUCCUUCUAAACCAAGUGACCCUGUCACUCGUCACGGGAUCCAGUUUCGUGAGAUGCUCUCCCAUCAAAGAGAAACUGCAAAACAGAAGGAACUACUUGGAAAGGUAUUUGAAUCAUGGGAGCAGAGAGGCAUAGACAAUUCUGCUCCAAUCAGCACUGAGGUCAUCGCUAAACUGAAGAGGACCUCUCGUCUCCUUCACUUCUGCUCCUCUCCCCUCCUCUUCUUUCCUGGAACAACAACCCAGUCCAUCAAAGAAGGAGGAGGCGCUAAAGUGGGAGGAGCCUUUCAAGACGAACAAGAUUCUACCUGGACCCAGCUACUUAAAGAUAAGUUUCUCCACGAGUACACGUCUUACCUGCAGACUUUAAAAUUUCAUCCAAUUAACGAGAGACCUCCGGCUAGCCAGGCUCGGUCUCGCCACACCCCUAGCCCCACCCACUCCGCCGCAUUUCACGACCAUGAGUCCCUUGGUCUCUAUAAGUGUCUGCAGAGAUCAUGGAGUAAUGGAGGGAUAAUGCUAGUUGAGUUACUGUUCAAAGGGUCGGUAUUUCACGUCAUGCUCUACUCUAUAGAAUGUUCUAGAUUAACAAUGACACACCUACCAUCGUUUGAGGUUUCCGACCGCUUCUCUCAAGAGUGUGGGCGUAUGAAAGACUUUAUUCACGUUCACUCUUUCACAUAUGACUUCCAUAUAAGGACGAUACUGAGCAUCAUUCAAAAAAGGAUCAAUAUCGACGGAACACUUAACGUACACCACCUCUUGAACCGGCUCUGUAAACACUACCAGAACCCACCACUUUAUAUUAGGAACAGGAUCUGUAAAGAGACAUUAUUAAUGAGUCUCUCAGUAACGAUGGAGUCUCUAAUGAAGCACUUGCUAUCAAACUGUAAGGAGUAUAGCCUAGACACUCUCGAGUUACUACACACCAAAACCAACAGCUCUGAUUCAGCCACACCCACAUCAACCACUCUCUACGAGGUAGCACUAAUGAUCGACCUGUCAAACAUCGGGAACGUGACCACACCCGAAAUAUCUCGUCUGAUUUACGACACUCGUGAACAAUAUCAUGUAGUUGUCCUUGCCAUACUGAGUAACGGCCAAUCAGAUUCUAUCUCCACCCAUAACAAGAAAUCCUUGUCACUAAGCGUGUAUUUAAUACUUGUGAAUAAAGUUGAGGUGUACCCUCGUCUAACCGUCCUUUCUCCUUUAAGCAAUCAUAGUAACAUAACGUCCCCAACUAGCUUUACCCUGGGGAGUGGAGGACAUAAAAUGGAGACAUUGCUGGAGGUGGAGAAGGAGAGAGAGAGCAAGUUGAACGCGUCUGUGAGAGAUCACAGACGAAAGUUAGGGUACGGGAGUUUGAACACACCCAGUGCUGUGUCUGAGGUAGUCAUCAACCAAGAGAUUAUUGAAGAGGAGAUGAGUGGACUUAAGAGGCACUUUACUAAUAUUAUUAAUUCUGCUCAAAGUCACGUGAGACGAAAUGAGCUUUGGAAGAGGUUACUUUAUGGAGGAGGAGGAAACAAAAUAAUGGAAGCAUUAUCAGUUAUGGAGUUCCAGGAACUAUUGCAAUUAGUGACUUCGUGUAGAUUGGAAUCCAUUGAUUCUCAAUUAGUUCAUUUCCAGAAGCAAACCAGAAAAUGGUACAAGGGGCUCUUCCAGUUGUUUGAGGAAAAGUUCCAUGGUAUGUUCAAGUAUUUUACUUCAAAAGUCAAUGGAGUCAAAUAUGGAGUAAUCAUCAAUGAAGACUGGCAGGACAUGUUCCUAUUACUAUUACUAGAAGAUGAGGACCCUCCUACAGAAGGCUCCAUAUAUACCGGCAUAGAGCAAGGGUUUUCAUGCGUUUACAGGAACCCAAAAGUGAGCAUGGUUUCUCAAGGCCAGCGAGAUAUUUCGGCUUAUGUUGAGGAGGAGAAUCGCCUCAUAUCAGCCGUGGUUAAUAUCCUUUGCGGGUCGUUGUGGCUGAGGAUGAUGGGGGAGAUGCCAAUGAUGGCAAAAUCACCGAAAACAGGAGGAGGGAGAAAUCGAGGUGGAUCACAUGAGAAAUAAUAUUAUGGAAAAAAAUUAAAUUUAUGUGAAAUUGAUAAUUUUAAAUGAAAAUGGGCUGUAAUAUAAUAAUAAUGAUAACAUUAAUGACAAUACUAAUGCUAAAUUCUGAUAAUAACAAGUAUUAUUAAUUAUUGUUCACCUAUUAUUUUUGAAAGUCACUAACAAUAAUAAUAAUAAUUAUUCUAUAAUUAA